AUUCCCUCACUCGAGAAGCGAAAAAAUAGUAUAAUUAAUCACCUGAUCCAAACCAAAAAAACGCAAAUCACACGUAAAGGGGCGAUCUGGUUGUUCAUCAUCGUACCCGGUUCUCUCGAACAUCGAAAGCUUCAAUCUUUUGUCCCAAAAAUCGAAGUAAAAGGGGAAUAUAGAUCAACGAUGGCGGCGGCGAAGAGGCCGAUCCACACGGUGACGACAUGGGUUCGUCGGCAACCACCGAAGGUGAAGGCUUUUCUCGGCGUGGUCUCAGCCAUGGCGGCUCUCGUUUUCCUCAGGAUGAUUGUUCAUGACCACGACAACCUCUUCGUCGCCGCCGAGGCUGUUCAUGCCAUUGGAAUCUCCAUCCUCAUCUACAAGCUCAUGAAAGAGAAGACUUGUGCCGGGCUGUCUCUGAAGUCACAGGAGCUGACGGCUCUGUUUCUGGCAGUGAGGCUCUAUUGCAGUUUCGUCAUGGAAUUCGAUAUUCACACUUUACUUGAUUCCGCAACGUUGGUGACCACCCUUUGGGUCAUCUAUAUGAUCCGGUUUAAGCUUAGACCCACUUACAUGGAAGACAAGGACAAUUUCUCUAUCUAUUAUGUCGUUAUCCCAUGCGCCGUUCUAUCUGUACUUAUUCACCCGACAACACGUCACCACAUGAUCAAUAGAGUUGCUUGGGCUUUCUGUGUUUACCUCGAAGCCGUUUCAGUUCUUCCUCAACUCAGAGUCAUGCAAAACACAAAGAUCGUGGAGCCAUUCACAGCACAUUACGUAUUUGCUUUGGGGAUAGCUAGGUUCUUGAGUUGUGCACAUUGGGUCCUUCAGGUUUUGGACACUAGAGGACGGUUACUGACUGCGUUAGGGUACGGGCUGUGGCCGAUAACGGUCCUCCUCUCGGAGAUCGUCCAGACAUUCAUUCUUGCUGACUUCUGCUACUACUAUGUGAAGAGUUUGAUGGGAGGGCAGCUUGUUCUUCGUCUCCCGUCGGGCGUGGUGUAGAAAUGGGUUGAACCGAUCGCCGGAGAAUUGGCCGGAGAUAAGGAGGAGCAUGGUGGCUGCUCAAGGGGUGUGGAGCGUGUCAUGUUUUUUGCAGCCUAAGCUUUAAGUGACGACUUGUCUUAUCUUCUCUUUCCUUUACUUUUGUUCUUAUUAGAGGAGUGUAAAGAGAUGGGGUUAGAGAGAUUAAGGAGGUAAUGUUUAAUUUAGAUGCUUACUAUAAGCUUUUGUUUACGAACAAAAGAUCAAUUGAAUUGAUGGGUUUAGAUAA